AAGUCAUCUCUUCCUCUUGCAUUACAACACUGCACGUUCUCCCCAACAUGCAUGCAACCAUCAUUUUUGCCUAUCUCCUCUCUUUCAAACCACUCCUCUUCCCCUAAAAACACUACCACCACUCUUUCUAUGUUUGUCAAACACAUACUACUCUUCUCAUCAUACUCUCCUUAUGUCCACCCCACCAACAGCCACCACCUCCUCCUCCGCCUUACCCUCACCGUGAACGACAGCCAUCGAACCCCACCCGAAUGGGAGGAGGGACUAGGACUAGGCGGCUGAUUGAACGUCAACUUUCGCUGGUCGUUUUUAUCCUUCUUUUUUUGACAUGUUUCGUUGAUGUAGUGUUAGGGGGUUCGUCGUCUUCGUUCACUCCUGCUGAUAAUUAUCUGGUCAACUGCGGGUCGCCUAAUGAUGCUGUUGUUGAUGACGGCAGGACUUUCAAGUCUGAUCCUCAGUUUGCUUCUUACUUAUCAACUGACGAAGAUAUUCUAACUUCCAUCACUUCUUUUCCCAACAAUGUCUCUCUUUCUUCUUCUGCUUCCUCUUCAGUUCUUCCCUUAUACCUCACUGCAAGAAUCUUUCAUCACGAGUCAAUGUACAGGUUUCCGAUCAUCAGGCCUGGCCGGCAUUGGAUUCGUUUGCAUUUCUAUCCUCUCACUCACCUCUCCUACAAUCUGAGCUCAGCUACAUUUACCAUCACCACAGAUGAUAUCGUGCUCUUGCAUGGCUUUUCAGUCAAAGACAGCACUAAAAUGGUGUUCAAGGAGUACCUCAUCAACAUCACUUCUGAUAAGCUCACCCUCAAGUUCUCACCUAUGAAGAACUCUGUCGCGUUUGUCAACGCAAUUGAGCUCGUUUCAGCCCCGGACGACCUCAUAUCCGACUUGGCCUCAGCUGUUUCACCGGUUGGCGACUUCAACGGGUUGAAUAACUACGCGUUGGAAGUCUCAUACCGGCUAAACGUCGGAGGGCCAAUUGUGACUCCCAAGAACGAUACAUUGUCUAGAACUUGGCUUCCUGAUGGCCAAUUCAUGGUCUUCCCUGAAGGGGCUAAAAAUGUGGCUGUCCCGACCGACAUGAUACAAUACCCGAAAGGUGGAGCCACGCCUUUAAUCGCUCCGUAUUGGGUAUAUGCAACAGCUGAUCAGAUGGCAGACUCUGGAACCGCUGACCCAAAUUUCAACCUGACAUGGGAAAUGAGUGUUGAUCCUUCUUUUUCAUAUCUGAUUAGGCUCCACUUCUGUGAUAUUGUGAGCAAGGGGCUCAAUGAGCUCUACUUCAAUGUGUAUGUCAACGGGAUAACUGGCGUAUCGAGCCUUGACCUGUCGACACUCACAUCAGGCCUAGCCAUCCCUUACUACAAAGACUUUGUGCUCAAUGCCUCAGCUAUUUCAAAUGGAACUGUUGUGAUUCAAGUCGGUCCAACUUCCAAUGUUCAGUCGAGUUUGCCGAAUGCUAUCCUGAAUGGCUUGGAGGUGAUGAAGCUAAGCAACUCAGCUGGGAGUUUGGAUGGAUUGUUCUCCUCUGAUGGGACUUACAGGGGCCUAAAAUCAGGGCCUACCGUCACAAUGAAAGUUGCUGCUGGAAUCGGCCUAGCAUUGGGGGCAGUGGCGUUGCUUUUGCUCUUGAUAGGGAUACUCAGAUGGCAGAAGAGGCCUAAAGGUUAUGAGAAGCAGAAGACCUUCUCAUCAUGGCUUCUCCCUCUCAAUUCCAGCCAAUGCAGCUUCUUGUCAAGCAAGAGCAAGAGCACUACUUUUUCAAGCAUUGUCAAUUCAGGGCUCAAUCUUGGGAGGUACUUCACCCUCAACGAGCUUCGAGAUGCAACCAAGAACUUUGAUGAAAAGGCGGUUGUUGGGGUUGGAGGGUUCGGAAAAGUGUACCUUGGUGAGCUGGAAGACGGAACGAAAGUGGCCAUAAAACGAGGCAAUCCAUCCUCAUCACAAGGGAUCAAUGAGUUCCAAACCGAAAUCCAGUUGCUGUCAAAGCUAAGGCAUAGACACCUGGUUUCACUCAUUGGAUACUGUGAUGAACAAUCAGAAAUGAUCCUAGUCUACGAGUACAUGGCCUACGGCCCUCUCCGCGAUCAUCUAUACGGCUCGACCCUGCCUCCACUAUCAUGGAGGCAGAGGCUUGAAAUCUGCAUAGGAGCAGCAAGAGGGUUGCACUAUCUCCACACUGGUUCCACACAAGGGAUAAUCCACCGGGACGUGAAAACAACAAACAUACUUCUUGAUGAAAACUUUGUAGCCAAAGUAUCCGAUUUUGGCUUGUCCAAGGCUGGACCAGCCUCUCUCGACCAGACUCAUGUCAGCACAGCAGUUAAGGGCAGCUUCGGAUACCUUGAUCCCGAGUACUUCAGGAGGCAGCAGCUGACAGAGAAGUCUGAUGUUUACUCGUUUGGAGUCGUGCUUUUUGAGGUGUUGUGCGCUAGGCCGGCUCUUGAUCCUGCACUACCAAGGGAUCAAGUGAACCUGGCUGAGUUCGCUAAGCAACAGAACGCGAAAGGGUGCAUACAGAAGAUCAUUGAUCCAAUUAUUGCUGGAACUAUAACUCAAGAAUCAUUGACGAAGUAUGUUGAGGCUGCAGAGAAAUGCUUGGCUGAGUAUGGGGUGGACAGGCCUUCAAUGGGAGAUGUUUUAUGGCACUUGGAGUCUGCUUUGCAGCUGCAAGGGACAGCAUCUGCAGCUAAUUCAGCUGACAAUCAGUACGCUGGAGAGGAUGAUGAUGAGAGUGAUGGUAAGAAGAUUAAAAGGGAUAUUGAGGCUGCUGGAAAGAGUAUUGAGGAGACAAGGGAUGAAAUGGUUGUUGAUGUCAGUGAUGAUUCUGGGGUGGUUGUGGCUUCUCCUAUGUUUCUUGAAACUUUUCAAGGAAGGUGAAGAGAGAGAGAGAGGUUGGCUGUCUGUGCUGCUAUGAGUAAGGCGUUUGUUGCCUUUUCAUUUUUAU